AUGAGAUUGUUCGAUCCAUGGCCUGUGUUCUUCAAGAGGGAAUGGAAACGUUGCUGGCCAUUCCUCACCGGUUUUGCCGUCACCGGCGCUCUCAUCACCAAGUUUACCGCCGGUCUCACUGAGGAAGAUGCGAAGAAUUCUAAGUUCGUCCAGCAACACAGAAGGUAA